AUGAACUCCAUAGGGACAUGUAGCAAGGUCAUCGAUUCUUUGUCCUGCUUCAUAUCAAUUUCAGCAGUUGCGUGCUUCGCCUUGGAUAUUUACGAUAGGAUGAGGCCAUUUAGCGAGGUCUCGAUUGAAGAAAAAUUGAAGAUUCUUCGCGUGCUCGUUUUGAAUGAUAAACAAUCUGUUUUGGGAAGCGUUUAUUUGCCCUUUUUGUGUAAAGGUUCCGAAAAGCUAGCCGAAAAUAUUCGGACACAUUACAUUUCAGCUGGAGUUUGCAGCUCUUUUAUGAAAAAUCACAUUGCCCGAGUGAGGAAUUUUCUCGCCACGAUCUCACUAGCCGAAAUAGACAAUACGAUUUUAUCUUUUCUCCUAAAAAGAGCAACCUAUAAUGCCCAGGCUGUGACCUCAAUAUUGAUUCCUGCCAUGGAAUUCAUUCCAUCCAUCUUGUUGACUCCACAAGUGAUGGAAGUUGUCUUGAAGCAAGCCCUUUUAGUUACCCCGCCACAUUCUUCCCAUGCGGAGGGUUUGAGUAGGUUAUUAAUUGAAAGCGAAAAAGCUCUUCGCGAGUCGUCCACAGUCCUUUCGAAAACAGUGGCUCUUCAGAAUCUUUCGCAGUUGCAAAGCAGCGGAAAGUUUCGACGUAUCAUCGAGCUUGCGGGCGAGUAUUUUCAUAACUGGUAUGGUCUUGCUCUUUUAGGCGACUACUAUUUGCUCUACAAGAAACCCAGUGCUCCUAUUCGGAUUCCUCCUGAUGAGAGAUUCUGUUCACGGCUGACCCGGCUUACAAUCAACGCUCUUUUACAUGUAGAGGACGUGAAGGGAAUGAAAGACUUCCUACUCGAGCUUGGACAGCAUCUGUUGCCGGAUACCAUUGCCAGCGCUCCGCUUGAAAACCUGCGAAGCGUUGCUCCCUAUGUUCGUAUUGGCGCUGUGAAGGUAUUUUGUGAAUUUUGUGACAAGUUUAAAAUUGAUCCCCUUCCAAAUCCGGUCAUUUUUGACCAUUUGGUCCAGGCUCUCGCGCUACUUGAAAAUUCAGAGUUUUUGCAACAGAAAUCCAGUCCUCCUAAAACGGAGGAGCCUCAUAAAUUUGAUAAUCACCAAUUAGGGGUAUCCAAUACACAUCGGUACCAUGAUCUUAUGCUUGGCGAAUCGCCAAUUUCCCUGAUCCAUCUUCUUGAUGCUAGUCGAACCCUAGAGUUGCUUUGUGACAGUCCCAUUCAUCGACAAUCGCUUAUACGAGCUCUGCUAUAUCAAGCCGUUCCACGCUCCAUGGUGGGCAUCAAACUACCCUUUAUAAAGCUUUUGAAUCUUUUAAGAUCGGUCGACCCGGAGCUAAAAACACAAUGGCUUGGAGGUGGAGGCGGAAAAAAUUUGUACAUCACACAGUUUCAGAAACAUCUGAACUUUAUUGGCGAUUUUGAUGCUGCUGAGCUUUUAAAUUACUAUGGAAGUGAGGAAUGGCAAAGUGUAGUCCUGACCGGCAACGAUCAUCACCACCACCAUCCAACUGGCAAUGGUCCUUCAUUCGGACCAACGAGGCGGACUAGACACAAUGUAGCCGAGAAAGACAUUUUGCUUGCGCUGGGAUUGCCUGCAAAGAGCGUACAGAGGCUUUCUACUAAUGGAGGACCAGAAAGCCCGCCUCCGUUGCUUUGGGAUCUACUUUUUUCCUGCUUUACUAAAGUAUUCAUGAUCCGAACGGGGCUCCAUGCACCCAUGUCUCGCUUCUAUGCUGACUUUAGAGAGCUGAUUUCAAUUGAAACGCUGCACUUUCACUCGGUGGCCGUUCUUCUUUGCUCCCAUCUCCUUCUUCUGAGGAUGAACGAGGUUUUUGAGAUUAGCAAGAAAUGGCUGCACGGCUAUAAUGGCCUCAAGCGAAAAGAUUUGCAAAAAGGGAAGCACGGAGACAGCAGCAAUAUCAAAGUAUACCACAAGCGAUUUCUUUCCGAUCUGGAGAUUCUUGAAGAAUUACAAUCGCUCUUGCCUAUUUGGAGCCAGUUUAUAAGAGACUUUGAAAAGAGGACAUGUGGAAGACCUUUCCCGACAAACGAGGAAAACUCGCUUAUUAUUUUAGAUUUACUAUCAGCCAUGAACGUCCCUGUAAAGAAAGAAAUCAUUCAAGCGUUAACUGAUGAUUUUCUUAUCAAAUGUCCUACAAUCCAAGACGUUAGGAAGACAGCCAAGGAUCUUCACAUCCGCCUGAACGGAGAUCAGGGCACAGAGGUAGAUUCGGAAAUCAGAAGACUGCUUUGUCUGGUUCUGGCAAUCCCUCCGGAGAUUGCCCAUUUUAGACAUCGCUUUUACCAUUAUUUAUUUGAGCGUAAAAAAGGCUUUUUGGACAAUAAAAGCAAUUAA